AUGUCUGUGGAGGGAAGCAUAUGGAAUGGAGAAUGUUGGGCAUCCAAUGGCAGAAAAGUAAAUUGGUCUAAAUCACCCUUCCAAGUUCAUUAUCGAAAAUUCAACAUAAAUGGCUGCCAAUAUGGAUCUGAGUGCUCUUCUGAAUCUCAAACCUACUGGUGGAACGAGGAGAAUUACUUGGAACUGACCUCAGAGCAGCAAAGCUCCUACGAGAGCGUGACUCAGAAAUAUCUGUCUUAUGAUUAUUGUUCUCUUAAGGGGAAAGAAUUCAAGGAAUGCCAAAAAGAAAAUGUAAAGUGA